ACUGACGUCAUUGAGCUGCGACUCCAACUUAACGUCGUCGGGAAAGCCGGGCUGUCCUGAGUGGGAGUGGCACGGAGCUGCUGGGCAUCCGAAAAAGUUGUGUUGCUGCAAGCCGGGUCUGUAAGCUAAUAUCUAAAAAAUGACCACACCAAACAAGACACCUCCUGGUGCUGACCCUAAGCAGUUGGAAAGGACUGGAACAGUGCGGGAAAUUGGGUCACAAGCUGUUUGGUCACUCUCAUCUUGCAAACCAGGAUUUGGAGUGGAUCAGUUACGAGAUGACAAUCUUGAGACUUAUUGGCAAUCAGAUGGCUCCCAGCCUCAUUUAGUAAACAUCCAAUUCAGAAGAAAAACAACGGUGAAGACAUUAUGUAUUUAUGCAGACUACAAAUCUGAUGAAAGCUAUACUCCAAGCAAGAUCUCAGUCAGAGUAGGAAAUAAUUUUCACAAUCUUCAAGAAAUUCGGGUGAAGCUGCUGCCUUUUGUCAUGGAGUUAACACAUCUGUCCCAGAAAUCAAAGAAUUGAAGGAGGAAAGUGGAGUAAUUGUGUGCCUGGCUGCUGCCCCAUGACAGCAAGGGAAACCAGCAGAUACCAUGCGUGAUCUACAAGAGCACCUACCUCAGUUCGAGUGUAAAGAACAAAAUGGCUGCUGCUUCACUUCAGCCCUCCAAAUCAUGCAUGAAAAUAUUCCUGUGUCUCAUUUAACCAGAAAACUUGUGAGGAAGAGAAUUCUGGGAAAUGUAGUUUAGGCCAGCCAUGGUGGCACAUAACAAAGCCACCACAGGUGGCCAUUAGAAUGUUCCUCUCAGAUCUUUGACUGUGGAGAGUAACUGACUGGUGGCCCCAGCUGCUGCUUUCUGAAAUCCAUCACCACGUUUCUACUAAGGCCAUGCCUACCACAGGCUGCCCCCAGCCAGUGACCAAGACAGCAGGGGUAUGAAAACAGCUCAUUCCUGGGGACUCUGGAGUCCUCUGACAGGCAGCCUUGGCUCAAGGAAUCCCCGAUGGCCUCACUGAGCUUUCCCUAGAACUGCACUGCAGUCUAACCCGUGUCCCUGCAACCAUCCAGCCUUCCUUUCCUCCCUGUCUCCUUCUCUUGGGGUCGACCUGCAUCACUGUCUGACAGCUCUUCCAGCCUCCCUGUCUCCCUCCCCAUGUUCUCUCACAGAUGUUUCCCAUAAUACA